AAAAGAGAUCAGGCCUGAAAACAUUCAUCGACGGUGUUGGUGGCAGCAACACCCCGUCAUCAAACGCAAGUUGGGAAUCAUCGUCAUGGUGGCCGGUCAGUAGCGCGAUUUAAUCCAGUCGGAAUGCGAGUGUGACAGGAAAAGCGGUUCAAUGUCGCGGCAUUUGCAGUAGUUUCGCGAUUGAAAAACACGGGAAAAGCGGCGAAAAUGCGACGGAACGUUAAGAUAAUGCUGGCCUUCACUGUGGUCUGGAUGUUUGUUAUCAUUUACUAUCUGCCGAGGGUGGCCGACGAUGGAAGCAAGACUGAAAACCGAGCAUUGAGACUGAAAGACGAAUUUCUGGCGGCUGAAAGCCUCAGUCCAUCGAUUUCCACCGACAGUGGAAUCAAUCAUGGAGAACUUCCGAACGAUACCGGCUUCCAUUUGGCAUUGCAGAGCGCUGAAACAACCGAUGGCAGAGUGUCUUGGAAGUACUUUGAUGAAUCGGGCUACAUAUCGAAGGGCGGUUUGAGGCAAGGCGAAGAUCCCUAUACGAGAAACCGAUUCAACCAGCAGGCCAGCGAUAGCCUGCGCAGCAACAGGGAUAUUCCUGAUACCAGAGAUCCUGCAUGCAGAAAAAGACAUUGGAAGAGCCAAUUGCCUGCCACUAGCAUAGUGAUCACAUUCCACAACGAAGCCAGGUCGACCCUGCUCAGAACCGUCGUAAGCGUCCUCAAUCGCAGUCCAGAGCAUUUAAUCCAUGAAAUCAUCCUGGUGGACGACUAUAGCGACAAUGCAUCCGAUGGCGAAGAACUGGCCAAAAUCCAGAAGGUGAAAGUGAUUCGAAACGACAAAAGAGAAGGCCUAAUGCGCUCUAGGGUAAAAGGAGCCAAUGCCGCCACUUCUUCAGUGCUAACGUUCCUGGACAGCCAUUGCGAGUGCAACGAGAACUGGCUGGAACCGUUGCUGGAACGCGUGGCCGAGGACCCAACACGCGUGGUGAGCCCAGUAAUCGACGUGAUCAGCAUGGACAACUUCCAAUACAUCGGCGCCUCUGCAGACCUGCGAGGCGGCUUCGACUGGACCAUGGUCUUCAAGUGGGAAUUCCUCAGCUUGUCCCAAAGAGAAGCGCGUCGGCACGACCCUACUAAGGAAAUCAAGACGCCGAUGAUCGCCGGAGGGCUGUUUGUUAUUAACAAGGCCUAUUUCGACCGGCUGGGCAAGUACGACAUGCAAAUGGACGUCUGGGGGGCGGAGAACUUCGAAAUCUCCUUCAGAGUGUGGCAGUGUGGCGGCAGCCUGGAAAUCAUCCCCUGUAGCAGGGUGGGCCAUGUGUUCCGCAAAAAACACCCCUACACAUUCCCGGGUGGCAGUGGAAUUGUUUUCGCCAAAAACACUCGACGCACCGCCGAAGUGUGGAUGGACGAGUACAAGAACUUCUACUACUUGGCCGUGCCGCUUGCCCGAAACGUUCCCUAUGGAGACAUCAGCGAACGGAUGGAGUUGCGACGCAACUUGCAGUGCAAACCCUUCAAAUGGUAUCUGGACCACAUCUACCCGGAGCUCACCGUUCCGGCGAAUUUCCCCCGGCCGGGCGAGAUUAGACAAGGAGCGUUUUGCCUGGACACUCUUGGACAUGUUCUGGAUGGAACCGUGGGAAUUUAUCAGUGCCAUCACACGGCAGGUAAUCAAGAUUGGACGCUGACCAGCGACGGUCUGCUCAAGCACCAGGACCUCUGCCUGACGUUGGUGAACGCUGAGGAGGGAUCGCAGCCGAUAAUGCGGAUCUGCGAUGGUUCCGAAGCGCAAACCUGGCAGAUGAGCCAUCCAGGGGCGCUGAUUCGUCACACCACGUACCCUCUUUGUCUGGACACACUUCACAAUGACCUCAAGGGGCUCACACUGCAGCAGUGCAACAGCGGCUUUGAGUCGCAGCGAUGGCGUCUCGGGAAUAUUUUCUAAAAAUUCCCAACAUGGUUUGGGGGGUUGUUUUGUGCGCUUGUAGCUUGGAAUACAUGGUAACUGUGAUAGGAUCUUGUACAGACAUUCUGUUUAGUCACAACCCUUCUCGAAUCUCGUGCGGGUUCUCAAAUUCGCUCAUUCCUCAAGCGCUGGCGCUCAAAUUUUGUAACUACUUACAGGUUCAAAGACACACACAGGGUAUUUGUUUACUAUUGAUGCCUAACAUAGCAAUAAUCUACUUUGGGAAAUGAGCUCUUUGCCCAAGUCGACUGAGAGACUCUGGAAAAGGAGCGUCAGCGCUUUCUCAUAAAAUUGGUGGAUGUGUAGUUACCAGCAACCUUUUAAAUUAUUUAGUACCACUAGAGUCUAUAUUGUGGUUGUUUUUUAGAGUUUAACAGUCCGCAAGAGCCGACUGAGGAUAAGUGUACAUAAGAGAUAGAUCUCGUGUUUUCUGUCUGUGUGAAGUGGAACAUUUCCGCUCAAAUGAACCCUACAUAUAGCUUAAUUUAUGUACAUAGCCCUAUAGAUAGUAAACAAUAGGUAUUUUAUAUAUAUAAAAAACUACAUACCAGAACGAUAUUACGCCAUGUCUUGAACUUUGGAGCACAAAAAUCGACGAUUCUGUUAAAUUAGUUUCUUUUUUAAUAAACCAGUUAUGCCAAA